AUGAUGGCCCAACACGAACGUGGCCGCACGCCUUCAGGCGAUGAGAUGCCACAACUCGAUACUGCAAAUGCGCGACCCCAAGCGCAACCGCAACCAACGGCGACGCCGAGCAAGAAGGUCACCAGCGCAUUUCCUGACCUGUCACUUGGAGAACAACGCAAGCGCCGUCACACCUCGCCGCUUUUUGUCAAAGAAGAGGACAGUUCAGAUACUUCACCACCGGAACAUGUCCCAGACACGAAGCGCACCAAAUUCGACAUCGCCAGUGACGAUAGUGGUUCCUGCCGGCUUCGAUGCGGCCACCCUCUUGACUCAUCCACACAUCGGCACUUCCCCUGGUGUCACCCAAAUGUGCCCAUGGUGGAGGCUACAGUCCUCGACAUCUGCGAGCAGCUCUUGACACGAGUUCAAGAGUGUGAGAGUGGAGCGAGCGAGUCGAUAAAGGCUAAAUGUCGAGCUAUAAACUCGAGCAAGAAUCUGAAGCUCCUCUAUCCUGUGCCCAAGCCUGCCGCGUUGAUCGGAGGCAUGGGCGUCGGCAAGUCCCAGCUUGUCAACGGUUUGCUGGGCUUGCCAGGCGCAGCGAUCACCAGUGAUUCCAGCCGCGGAACCAAUACGACUCUCGAGUUCCAAGGCAGGCGCGAGAAUCAAAGCCACAGAUUCGUUCUGGAAGUGCUCCUUCAUACGCCGGAACAGAUCAAGGCACGCCUGCGUGAGUACUGUCACACAAUUCAUACAUACCUCGCGCUGAAGAUUCAGGAGUCGGAUGCCGACGAAGAGGUGGACGAUCGAGAGGUUGCAGAUCAACGCAAGAAGUACAAUACUGUGUACGAUAUGCUUUACACGACAUUGUACAGCAGCACGCUGACGCUCACCAUCGAUGGCGAGGAUGAGGAGCACGAAGUCGCAGAUUUGGACGACUUCAAAGCCUUCUUGGACUCCGUCCUUGACGGAAAUGUUCGCUUUGAAGCUCUGGCACUCGACGACACGAUCAAAGCGCUAUAUGGCAACAUUGCGGACUUCAUGAGGGCACAGGGCGUUUCGAGAAGCGCAAAGACUUGCGCCGUCCACAGUCUGGAAGAUCUGGAGGAUGCAAUGCAUGAAACGAUCAAACCUGCAUCGGCAGAGACAGACGUCCAGCACCUUUGGCCGCUUGUCAGAAAAGCCGUGCUGUACUGCGAGGGCAUUGAGCUGCUCGAUAUGGGUGUCAGCAUUGGAGACACUGCAGGCUUUGCUGACACGAACGAGUUCGUUGUUAACAAUACCUUGGCGUAUCUCUCACAGGCCGGCACAAUACUUGUAGUUGCACCAGUGCUUCGAAUCGCGAAUGGGGAAGAACUCAAUUCACAAUUGACCACGAUCAUUUCCCUCGGCAAAGCCAACGGCGCAUAUUUGGUUGCGACCAAGACCGAUCUCUCGAAGUCUUCCCUGAAGCCAGCUGAGCGGAAGAAACUUUCGAAGCAGGAUGAAGCGAGAAUCAAGUCCGCUGAAGAGCGGCUGGAGGAGCUCGAGCUGGAAUCCGAGAAGUUACGACAGGAGAAGCAGCAGCUGCUGGAUACUCAGCAAUGGGAACAACACAGCAAAUUCAACGAGGAUCCAGCAGAGCUUAAGCUACGGAAAGCAACGGCUUCUCGUGAGGUCACUCGUGCCGUACGCGCGAUAUCGCAACGAAAGAUCGGAUUGGAGCUCAAGGACAAGAUCAGAAAAUUGACCCGUUCAGGACAUGGCCCCGAUCUCAAAGUGCUCUUUACAACUACAAAAGGCCUCGAUGACCAUAAUGAGGAAGGAGGAGCCAAAAUGAGCGAAGAUGCACUCCUAGACACUGGUGUUCCAGCAAUAGCGCAGCUACUUCUCGAGAGGCCCGCCCGAGAGAGAUUCGAAGUCAUGUGGCGAACCUGCACCAAACGUCUGCCUUCGGAGCUCCAAGCAAUCAACAAUAUUCUCACAAAGACGCCAGGACAGAUGCAUCGAGAUGUUCGGGCUAGCAUCGUAAACAGGUUUGAUGCGGGCAUCGAGCAUGUUGUCAAUGCCCUUGCCGAUGAGCUGAAAUGUCGCUUCGGGUCCCAUCUCGCACAGGCAUUCACUGAGGAUAAUAAGGCCGAGUGGAGAUCCAAAGCUGGACCCAAACUCGACAAGUGGGCGCAGUGGCAUUCGAUUACUGUGCAUGCCUAUUUCAAGAAAGAAGGCUAUUGGAAGCCCAAAGACAGCAAAGGCAUCAAGGCCUGGAACUAUGAAAUUCAGAGUCUUCUCGCCACGCCUGUAAUUUACGCCUUUGAGCAGAUGGACUCUGGUUGCGAGGCCAUCAUGGAAACCCUCAACAACCACAUCAAAGACUUCAUCCUCAAGCCGCUUAAGGAGGACGCGAGCAUCGCAUCCCUGGGAGAGCAAGGCGACACCUUAACACAAACGAUCACUGACCAGAGCGACGAAUUGGACACAGAUCUCGGAGACUUUGCGGAAGAGCUGAAGCCAUUUUUGGACUUCGUAUGUAGGCGUGCCACCUUCAAGGACAAGGAAUCUUAUGUCCACGAGGAACUCCAGCCUACUUACCUCCAAGCCGCCGCCCUUUCUCAGAGAAACUACCCCAAAUUCAGGAAAGACAAGCUUGUGAGAGGCAACAGUGCACAUGGAGAUCGCAUGCAUCUAUUGCGUGACAAGAUCUGCCUCAAGGGACCGAACCAGCUUUUCGAGCGAGUGCAAAUACGAACCGAGACUGGACUUGAGGAAGCGAGCAAAGAAUGGGUUCGCAACGUCAGAAAGAGACUAGAAGCACUGAAGACAGCUGUGCUAGAGGACUUCGACAGCAGGUACGAGACCCACGAGGAAACGAGCAAAAUGGACCCAACGACAACCAAAGCGAUCUACGAUGCUACGUUGCUGGCCAAGUCGAGAUUGACGAAGGAGGUUCUGCCAUUGCUAGAGGAGUGCAAGACGCUGAACGAAAAGGUCGUGAAAGAUGAGGUGAUGGAAGAAGACUGA